CUUUUAAUCGGUUUUGUUCGGUUUAUUCGGUUUAAUCGGUUAUAUACCAAACCAUAUCCAAAUCCUACGGUUUUUAUAAAAUUAUAUCCAUUCGGUUUAUAUGGUAUAUACCAAAACCAAACCAUAUUGUCUAUUUCGGUUCGGUUCGGUACGGUUCGGUUUUACCAUAUUGAACAGCCCUAGUUGAAGCGAAUGCCAAGUCAAUGACAAAGAUAUAUAAUGAAACUGAUGAUAUAAUUUUGCAAGACGCAUAUGAAUGAAUGAUGUCUGCAGUCCAUUUUUGUCUCAAGUCCAGGCUAAAGGAUGGAUGCUAUACCGAUAGAUUUUUCGAUGGCACUGGAAAAAAAAUCGCUUGGUAACUCUCAUUUUCAGGUGAAUCUUUAAAGUGUAGGGCAUUGUCCAAAAAGAAGAAGUCUGUGUCCAGAUCAUGAAUCCACCACAACUUAGUGCAUGAAGACUAUAGUCAUAUUGUUAGGUGAAGUAAAACCAAAGUAUUAGUAUUGUAGAGAUAAAUUUGAAGGUACGGUUCUUGUCCUCGUUCGUACUUUCAUUUUCUGUGGGGGUCAUUGUAGGUCUACAUAAAUUAUCAUAUAAUUCAAUCAAAGUGGAAUCUGAUUUACUUUUGUGAAAUUAUAUUCUAAAUGAAAAGGUUGAUAUCACUGUGGUUUAAAAUUUUAUUUUCCAUGGUCAAAAAAUGUGUACUGGCUUUUCUUUUUUCUUUAGACCUGGACUCUUUAGUCUUCGUUUGUGAUUUUUCUAAGUGAAAUAUCUCAAAGUAUACGACUUUGAUUGCCUGUUAAUUAAUCUGAAUACCUUGAAAAUAAACAAAAUCGUACAAGAUAUAGACUAAAUGAUUUUUUUCAUUCUAAGAUACUUGUCUGACAUGCUUCAUUUCUUGACAUGUCAGGAAACUUAGGAACAAAGAGACCACAGGUAGUAUUUAUUGUGGAAUUGGACCCGCUAUAAUCGUUAGGUAACGAUCCAUUUGUACGUUGAUUUAAUUUUAUCAAAUAUUUAACCCAGACUUGCAUUAAAAAGAUGUAACACCACAUUUGGAAUAGUGUUUUUACGGCAAACGGCUAUUUUAUUAAUCAAACUUGAGAUGAUCUGGGGAGCCAGACCGGAAUAGAACAACCAAUAAAAUAUAAGGAUCUAUGAAAAGAACGUGCAUUCCUAGCUAAAGAAUCUGCAAUUUCAUUCUGCGUCCUUGGAAAGUAGCUGAUGUUGAAGUCCGAAAAACAUAACCGAAGAGUUUGAAUGAUUUUCAGUUCAGUUGAAAAGUUGAGAUAGUGUUUUAUGUGUUCGUAAAUAAGAGAAGAUUACCCGCAUUGUAUUAUUAAGAUUGUGAACAAAGAGCACGAUCCUAGUAAUAAUAGAUGUCGAUGACCUUUUCUAGUUUUUCUAAUGCUGUAAUUUUGGUGUAAAUACAUCUAAUUUGAAACACCAUUGAAGGUUGCUUUUGAUAUAACCACAAAGCGUAGUCGAAUAGUACAACGGGAUUGAAAAAAGUGUUAAACACCCCAGGUUCAAAACCUUUUAAAUUCAGUUUUACUUGUUUAUAUUUCCAGAUGACAUAGAUAUUUAAUUCUCAUUAGAAUUAAUCAGAUCUGUUUGCCACCAAUGGACAAACCUUUAUGGAAUUAAUCGGGGUCCGUCGAAUACGCCUUGAUUAUUAAAAAGAGUUGUUUUUGACAGAGAACCAACAAAUAGUUAAAGUAAGAGUUGUAGUCGGUGAAACAUGUCAGAACCUAAUUGUUGGAUCCGUAGCACUAAAUUAUCAAUAACGUCAAAGUUCCAACAAUUUCAUUCAUUUUGUAAUCUCAUAGUUAUUACUUUUAAGACAUACGAUAAGAACGAUAUGGUUCAAUGUUUCAAAAGGACAUCGGUAAACUAUUUAUUUUACGAAUCACGAAUUUCAUUCUUAGCAAAAAAAAAAUCACGAAUUUCAUAUAUUGAUUCAAAUUUCCAUGAGAUUAAUAUCCUUAAAAAAAAUGAAAUAUCAGGUUUUUUAUGAUCUGGAGGUACCCGAACACGGAGGUACCGAACACGAAGACCCGAUUAAUUUUUUGGAGUGGGCCCACCAACGAUAGACAAGUUCGAUUAUUUUACGUGGAAAUUGGAUAUCCAAAUUAUCUGGCCACACAUUUUGCUACCCCGCCGUACUGCUAGAGACCCUGACAAGAUGACAUCCGUUUGGUUGAAAUAUAAGACCAUGUGCAUGGCAGAGUUCUUAGAAGGAUUUUUAGGCAUGUACCCCGCAAAAAGGAGAAAGACUGGUAAGAAAAACUAUGAGGUAAGAAUCAACUUUUUUUGAGCUUUUGUGAUUUUGGCGGAUUCCACUGAUAAGUAGUGGUCCGCAAUUGAUUAUUUUUUUAUUUUUAUUUUUAUUUUUUUGAAGAAAAAAUAAAAAAUAAAAAAUUUGAAAUUUCAAGUGGGAUUCCAGCGAUACACAUGCUCUAAGGUUCAUAUGACUAAGAUGCGGAUACCAAGUCAUAUUUUUUUUUUGUAACUGAGAUACCAAGUCAUAUUUAAUAUAAGAAAAUAGAUAACAUAAGAAACAAAAAGAGGAAUCAUCACCAAAUCGUACCAAAUUAUUUCAAAAGUUUAUUUGUUUUUCUUUUGGCUAGCAUGAUCUCCCUUCUGUAAGAAAAGAAGAACCCUUUUACGUACCUACUUCAGUGUCUAUCAUUUUCCUUUUAUCUUGACCAAACAAUUGUUUUGGCUCUACAUAUCUAUUUUUUUACCCAUCAUAAAGGUAUUAUUUAGAGUUUUAUAAAGUUUUAUAAUAUGCGCAUAAAAAGAAUAUGACACCUUUAGUGUUUUUAUUGAUUUAUGAUAGGUCAUCCAACAGGAUAGAUGGAAAUUAAAAAUUAAUUUUGGGCCAUGAUCUGAUUGGAAUUAAGCACUAAGAGCCUUUUUGACAUUUUUAUGUAUAUGUAAUUUGAACAUUGGCUUCCUCUUACAUUAGUAUUAUUCAUAUAGUUUUUUGCGUCGUAGUUUUUUUUCUCUCACUCGAGUCGUGAAAGUAGCUUUUCCAUGUGUGAACAGAAUAUGCGUACAAUAUAUGCACAUAUUUAUAUGAUAUAUCCAAUCUAAAGGUGAAUAAUAUAUGGAUUUCAUAACUCACCAAGUAAAUCCAUAUAUAAAUGUAAUCUAGCAUUAUAUAAUAUGGUAGGUCUAUUUAGUGAAAUAGCAACUUAUAUAGUAAACAUUUGUCGCUAUGUGUCAUAUUUUAGCCAUUUGUAAGCUAACUGAGGAAUCAGUAUCCAAUCAAAUCUUAUAAUUAUAUACUGUAUAAAUUAUAUCGUGUAUUUGGUACGUAUAUCUAUGUGUUAAUAUGAAGCUGAGCUCCCGCCUCCCGGAUACCAUAAAACAUGGGCAUAUAUAUCAGGACAAGUUGAUAAUCGAGUGUUAGAAAAUGUGUGCAUCCACGUCUAGUUAUUAGUGCUACUCAUGUGCCUUUACACAAAUAUCAUUCUUCUUUUGCAUAAACAUAAUAAGGGAACUUUUGAGGGCUGCAUUGGCAACACAUCAAAUAGAGUAGAACAAUAAUAUAUCAACGAUGACAUAUGGAAUAGUAAAAUGACAUAUGUAUUUCAAUUGAAACCUAUGUUUUGUUCCUUCUCAUCUUAAAAGUAUAAAAUUUUGCAAAACUUAAUGUAAUUCGCAAUUAUUUACGUUUUAACAUGCAUAAUACAAACCUCCUACCAUUGUGUCGACCUCAUCAAGAUAGAUUAUAAAAUUAAAUACAUGGAAAAAGUUAAAGGAAAAAAAGUUGGAAAAUUUUGGACUGUGCAUGUGAAUCAAACAUAUAUGAGAAAAUUUCAACUUGGAGUUGUCCCACGGUUGUACUGUGAUAAACUUAAACUAAUUAUAAUAUACUAUGCCUUUUUGGAACAGUAAUAUACCAUGCCUAUAUAAUAAUAAACAGACCAAACCUCUACAUCGCACGCUUCCUUCAAACAUUUGGCUUCUGUAGCUCUCAUAUAACUCUACACAUAUCCAAUACAUAUCCUUCAAAAAUCAUUUUACUCACCUGAAGAAUAAAACUUCUUUAUUUGUAGUUUCAUUUUCUUGAGGGUGCAACGGGGGAAAAUGGGAAGAGCACCAUGUUGUGAGAAAAUGGGGAUGAAGAGAGGACCAUGGACUCCUGAAGAAGAUCAAAUCUUGAUCAAUUACAUUCAUCUCUAUGGUCACUCUAAUUGGCGAGCUCUUCCCAAACACGCAGGUUUACUCAGAUGUGGAAAAAGUUGUAGACUUCGUUGGAUCAAUUAUCUGAGGCCAGACAUUAAACGUGGCAAUUUCACUCCUCAAGAAGAACAAACUAUCAUCAAUCUACAUGAAGUCCUGGGCAACAGAUGGUCUGCGAUUGCUGCAAAACUGCCAGGACGAACCGACAAUGAAAUAAAAAAUGUUUGGCACACUCAUUUGAAGAAAAGACUCAACAAAAAUCAAAACAAUGGCGGAGACAACAAAAACAUUAACGGAACUAACAAGACCACACACAAAGACAAAGAAUCUGUGAUUGUCGACACAACCUCUCUACAACAGUUUUCUAAUAAUAUUACAACAUUUGAGAUUUCAAACAGUAACAAGGACAAUAUGAUGUCGUACGAGGAUGUUUCUGCAUUGGUUGAUGAGAGUUUUUGGCCGGACGUGGUAUCGGUAGAUAACUCGAGUAAUAAUAAUGAGAAAAAGAUAGAAGAUUGGGAAGGGUUGCUAGAUAUGAAUAAUAAGAGAUUUAGUUAUGAUAAUCCGAAGCUUUGUAGCGACGAUAUGGAGUUUUGGUAUGAUAAGCUUCUCAAUAGUAGUCGUAGCAUUGAGGAAUUUUCUGACAUAACCCAGUUCUUAUUUUGAUUUUAUGUUGUUUUAAUCGUUAAGAUUUGAAAAAAGUCUUUUUGUAAACCAGAUGAAUAAAUUUAAAAGUUGUUUUUGUUUUCUACGUUUUUGAGUGACCUAUAUCGUGUUUGCAUGUAACUAUGACGUUAACUGAAGUCAACCGAAAAAUAGAAAUGGGUUGCCUAUUAGUUAUAGACCUUGAAAUCAAUGGACGGUCUCCGGUCCGGCCCUCGGAAAACAUAAACAUUUACACCAUUCGGUUGGUCCUUUAUACCAUUGGAUUGAGACUAUAUAACAAAAUUGAAAUGAUUAAAACGUGAGUAUUAACGAUUAUCCACACGUAAUAAUCACACCAAUAAUGUUCUUUGAAAUUUAAGUUUAAACCUCGUCAUCGCUAAACAUUAUUUCUAUAAACUAGCCAGCUAUCAAAUAUAUUGUCAAAUUUCAAAGAAAUGUAACUUGUAAGCUUCUUAUAACGUAGUCGUCAACCAAACCAGUAACUUAUGUAACUAACGUAGUUUGGACUUAAACCGAACCCAAAAAUCCAAAAGAGGUACAUACAAACCGUUACAUUUAUAGUUUGGUUCAUAGAUCAUCAAAUGAUUCCUCUUCUGCUUAUCAAGUUUCAGUAUUUAUCUCUGUCCCUCAGUCUUCUGCAUCCUCGUCUUUCAUGUCCUUCAUUUGCACGGCAGCAACUGUGAACACUAUCAUUAAAGAAACAACUCUUUUUGUUGUUAAAACAUCAAACUAAACUUAGAGCAAUUGAUAGAAACAAUGGUUAGAAUAUUUAAAGCUAAAGGAUAUCUGUUAUAUUCCCAAUCAGUUUGGCGAACUGAGAUCUUGCUGUAUUCAACCACACUUGCAUCAAUGCCGGCAAAUAUGUAACCAUUGCUCUUAUCAAUUAAUGAGCUUCACCAGUUCCCCAACACUUUCUUUAUCCUGAAAACCAAAACGCUCAACACCAAGACAAGAUGCUUGAAGAGAGUUGCAGAGGAGAGAGAGCAGACCUGAAUAUCCAAUGUUGUAAAACUGACAAGACCGUAAUCUUCAACCACACUGCACAGCUCACUCGUUAGCUUCCUGCAACAAGAACAUGGAACUCAUAAGUUACUGAUAGAACAUGGUAUUGAGUCUUCUUCAGCUAGUUGCUACCCAAGGCCGGGCCUGAGAAAUUUAGGCCCAGAAGCAAACAAAUUUUUUUUGGCCCAUUAUCUUCAAAAAUCAGAAAAAGUGGCUAAAAAAGAGGUCUAGUUCACCUCUCAUGCGCAUCCCGGCGCUCUUACCAGUAGAACUAGUGUAACGUUUACGUAAUUGUUGGCCCUUUAAUUAUAUAUAUCUUGUACGGCCCCAAGCACAUGCUUUAUGUGCCUCUACUCAGGCCUGGCCCUGUUGCUACCUGUACUUAACGGAGCAAGGAUCUUGAUUAAGAUAAUGCUGCAAGUAUGACAAGUCUUGAACAUCGGUAUAGAAAUCUAAACCGAAAGCUAUAUUGACAAACCAAAAAUUUGUAUUGAAUACACUCUUGGCACUUAAAUUUCCGAAAAAAAAUUUAUUCACUGAAUUAAGCUCUGAAUAAUAAGCAUUCUUUUUAGGUGGAAGUUAAUGAGGAACUUGUUGGCUAUUUUUAAAGCACACAAUGAGACAUGGAUGUUCUUUUUCUCUUUACCUAUUUGUGCUCUGUAUGAAUGUGAUGUCUUUGCGGAUAGAUAAGACAUGGAGGGAUAAGUGCUUUAGAUAUUAUCCCUUGUUAUACAACAUAUUUUCAAGAUAUUUUUGUUUUGUCGAUGAUCUUUUGGUAUUUGUUGAGGGUACAAAGCAAUCUUCGAAAGAGUGAUCUCGGUUUAAAAAAAAAAGUUAUAACUAAGAAUAAGUUUGGAGAAAUCAACCAUCUGUAUGGAGAAUAUCUCUCACGAUGUGGCAUCUAAUUCUAACAGAUUUCCCAUUUGAACCCGGUGUUCUCCCUGUACGCUAUCUCGAUUGAUGAGGAAGAAUGAUUACUAGUUUUUUGAUAGAGAAAAUCAGAACUCGAGUUACAAAUAGGACAAACCGGCCCCUAAUGUAUGCAUGAUGUGGGGCUUACAACUCCGCAGGUUAGUCAUCAUUAUAACAUCUCCAAAAGAAAUUUUAUAAAUUUAAAUAUAAAGUUUUAAAUAGUAAAACUUUAUAUUUGAAGUUUUACUAUUCAAAACUCUAAACUAAAAGUUUCAUCUUUUUGUUUGCAUUUUGAUCCUUAUAAUUAAUUACACAUCACAUUUUGAUUAUUAAGUAUUUUUUCAUUUAUCAUUUUAAUCCUUAAAACUUUUUUAUGAUUAUUAAAUAUUUCAAAUAUACUUUUAUAAAUACAAUUUUUACACAUAAAAUUAAAAAAAUAAAAAAAUAAGAUUUAUAAUAUUUUAAAACUAGAAUUAGGCAACAAGAAUAUUACAAAAAAAACUUAAUAUUUUUUUUUUGAAAAGAUACAUGAAGACAUAAUUAUUACAAAAAAGUAAAUAUUACAACAAUACUAAUAGUAUAGUUAAGUUGCUCUGAAACCUCCCAAAACUCUAAAAUAUUGUCCUAACUAAUUUUGUAUAACCGAAGAUGAAGCAUUACAGAUAGGGGUGGGCGUUCGGGUACCCUUUCGGGUUCGGAUCGGGUAUUUCAUAUUUUUGGGUAUUUCGGUAUAGAAGUGUAGAACCCGUUCGGGUAUUUCUGUACUUCGGGUCGGGUUCGGAUAUUUUUAGUUCGGAUUCAGUUAUUUCAGAUCGGGUUCGGAUAUUUAGAUUUUGAAAAAAAUAUUAAAAUUUUCAUUU